CCUCUCUGUCUCUGGGAAAGCAGCAGUUUUAGGGGGGGAAGCCAAGAAACGAGUCUGACCUCAGUUACAAGAAAUUGCAGUUUCCAAAGAGUGAAGUGUGGCUGUCCACAACAACAUGAACAACAGUGAUCCGGGAACCAACUUGAUCUAUUCCGCCACCACAGAACACACAGUGUUCAAUCAAUCAAACGCCACAAUCUCCCCCACCAUCUCACUCCCAUCGCCCCAUUCUUCAGACAGCCAUGACCCAGAAUUCACGAUUAUGGUGGUGCUGGGUUUAUCGCUGCUGCUGGCAGGGUUGGCAGUCUUCCUGGCAGUGUGUCGACCCUCUGAACAGCAAGAGGAGAGUGAGGCGGGCUGUAGCCCAGGAGAGAAACUGAAUCACAGAAGAAGCCAGACUAGUGAACCACAGCUUAAGGUGUGGAGGAGGCUGGGCUCCUAUAGACGCUCGUACAAUCUCUCCUUCAGAAGACCCCCCUAUCGGAGGCCGCAUGGGAGCACACGUGCCUCACGGUCUCCUGGCACACGGACAGCUCAACCGGGGGUCAGCAAGGAGCCCCAGCUUACCACGCCUUGUCUGUAUGACUAUGUCACUGAGAUCUAGCUAAGGACUGAGUGUUGUUUUGGUGUUUCAGCAUCAUUUACACACUGGAUGAGUUUUGCCUUACAAAUAUUUGCUCAUGUUCCUCCUUUUUCAUCUCUAACAGUUGGAAGUGCUUUUCUAAGCAUUUUUUUUGCACAUAGUUUCACACAAUGUAAGAAUUGCAACAAACAAUCUGUUCAUUGAGUUUUCUCAAGAAGCAAGCAUCAUUAAAAGAAGAAUCAGUUCAGCAACUCAAAUGUGACUCAAAAUUUAACAUUGGCUGUAAAACGUACAAAGCAACAAAUUUAUUAGCGAUCCCUCACAGACUUAUUCACCCUCUGGUCAACCACAUAUAUUGGUACUAAUACAAGUACAGAAGGAUGGAUCUGAAUACUGAAAGGAUACAUGCAACUAAAGCCCUAUGACUUACUAUUUUGUGUGAUUGUUGUUACAUUGAAAAAU